CUCACUGCAGUCCACUUCAUCAAGCCAGGGUUUACUCCCCCACCCCCGCGGCAUCUCCCUUCCUCGUUCACUUUCUCGGAGUUUCGAAUUUGCUAUCGACGGAAACCCAGAGGGAAAAUGACCACCGUCGUUCCGACUUCGGAGGAAGAUCCGUCGCUUUCCGUCGUUCUGUUCACCGCUCAGAUGUCAUGGGCUGACGCUGGCCAAGAGGUUGCAGAGCCUCAUGUGAAUAGGCUGUGCGCCGAGACACAGGAAUGCAUAAUUAAAGGAAGAUGGCUAGAUUUGGCUUCAUUGAUGGUCACUUCUGCGGAUUUGAUAUUUUCUAAAGCUUCCGAGAAAGAUCUCGAGUGCAUUUUCACAAUAAUCUGCAACCUUGUCAAGAAACCUGAGAGUUUGGACCAAGUACAUGAGAUGGCAGAGCUCAUAUCCACUAAACUCUCUCAACUACCAAGUGAUAAGCCUGCAUUGCGCUUAAAAAUCUUGUUCAAUCUCUACAACCUGUUGGAGAAUCCUUAUAGCCGUUUCUUUGUGUACAUGAAGGCCCUUAAUUUGGCCAUAAAUGGAAAGGUCGCUGAACAUAUCUUGCCAUCUUUCAAAAAGAUAGAUAGCUUCUUGAAAGAGUGGAAUCGUGGAGUCAAAGAUCAGCGGGAGCUCUUCCUUAAGAUCUCAAACAUUCUGAAGGAAACCAAGAGCUCUGCAAAAGAGUCUUUCAAGUUUCUUAUAAAGUAUUUGGAAACUUUCUCGGAUGAAGAUGCUCAGGCCAUGAAUGAGGCAAAGGAAGAAGCUCUCCACGCAAUUAUUGCCUUUGUCAAGGCACCUGACAUGUUUCAGGGUGGCUUGCUAUACAUGCCUGCUAUAGUCCAAUUGGAGAAAGAUGCUAAAUAUGCUCUAGCAUAUCAGCUUCUGAAGAUCUUUCUCACUGGGAGGCUAGAUGAUUACUUGAAUUUCCAAAAGUCAAAUUUAGAAUUUUUAAAAACCUAUGGACUUCUCCAUGAAGAUUGUGUAGAAAAAAUGAGAUUAUUGACCUUGGUAGAUCUUGGCAUGACGGAAACCGGUCAAAUUCCUUAUUCCAUCAUCAAAGACACAUUGAAGAUUAAUGAUAUUGAUGUGGAAUCGUGGGUUGUUAAGGCGAUUUCAGCUAAGUUACUCAUCUGCAAGAUAGAUCAAAUGAACCAAGUAAUAAUUGUUAGCCGAUGUACAGAGCGUGUAUUUGGGCCAAAUCAGUGGCAAUUGCUUCGAGCAAAGCUUGUGACCUGGAGAGGAAAUAUUUCAGGGGUUAUUAGUAAAAUUCAUGCUAACAAGAUAAUUGAAGAUAGCACACAAACAAUGCAAGGAUUAGCGAUCCGCUGAAGGUUGUUUUUGUUAGUUAUUUGCGGAAAUGAUCUACUUUAAAAUUUUGGAGACGGGAUUAAUUAGUGCCCAUAUAUAGAGCCAUUUCUUUCAAGCAGAAAUUUUGACAUUAUUCUCGCUGCGCCAAAUUUUCUUUUGAGUUUGUUAAAGCUGUAUUUGCUUUCUUUUCCUGGCAAGUUUACAGUUGUAAUUUCAUGAGAUGACAGUGUUCAAUUAUAAUUUCCAGUUGAUUCCAUUAUUUCAA